UUAAGUCCCCAAACAUUGUAUUUAGUUUUAAUAUUCCCACUACCCAAUACACUUUUACAUAUAAUGGCUCUGGAAGCCAUUUGCGGCAUGAAUCGAAUGCCCUUUAUGAGGCGCUUCGAUGAUUUGCAAUCCGAAUGGCAGCAGGAGCAACUUCGCGAGGCCACCAGUAAUUUUGAAAAUCCCUAUGCCCUGAUGGCGCCACCUUUUGAAAGACCCGCUGAGAAUCUGCCAAAAAUCCUGGACCAUUGUAGAAUUCGCAUGGAUUUUGACCAUGGCACCACCACUUUGGGCUUCAAGUACCGUGGAGGUGUGAUAUUGUGUGCGGAUUCGAGAGCCACCUCUGGACAAUAUAUUGGUUCCCAGACGAUGAAGAAAAUAGUGGAGCUGAACGACUAUAUGUUGGGUACUUUGGCAGGUGGAGCAGCCGACUGCGUCUACUGGGAUCGAGUUUUGGCCAAGGAGUGCCGACUGCACCAACUUCGGUACCGGAAACGCAUGACUGUGGAUACGGCAGCUAGGAUUAUCUGCAACAUCUCCACGGAGUACAAGGGCAUGGGUCUGGUGAUGGGCAUGAUGUUGGCUGGCUUUGACGACGAGGGUCCCAAGUUAAUUUACGUGGACUCGGAGGGCAUGAGGUCACAUGGCCAGGUCUUCUCCGUCGGCAGUGGAUCCCCCUAUGCCCUUGGGGUUCUGGACACCGGAUACCGUCACGAUCUCAGCGAUCAGGAGGCCUAUGAUCUGGCCAGACGAGCGAUAUAUCAUGCUACAAGUAAAGAUGCCUAUUCAGGGGGAAUAGUUCGCCUUUACCACAUUAAUUCGACAGGCUGGCGAAAUAUCUGCAACACGGAUUGUUCCGAGCUCCAUGACUCUUACUGUGGAACGGGGCACCUGGAUAAAAAGAAAGAUCAUAAAGAUAGUCCUGAUAAAGAUUUGCCCUGCUCCAGUGGAUGGACCAAAAGAAAACUUACCGAAGACAAUGUCCAGACUAAACUAGAAACGGUUUAGACAAAUAAUUGAACUAAACGAAAAUUUCCUGUAUAGAAACACUUUUUGGUUUAUCUAUGUACGAAAUUUUCUAUUUGUGAGCUAAGAUCUCGUAUAUUUCUCGUAUAUUUAUGAAAUUAUAUU